CAGGCUCCGGCGUUCACGGCUGGCACCGGCUGUGCCUCUCGUUAAGCAGCCCCUUCUCGACAGGUGGCAUUUUUCUGAAAUUGUUCACUGCGAAUUCCUGGCAUUCCCGCAGAUACACUAGGUGGAAGAAAUGGCAGCUGGGAGGGGGCUCUGGGGACCAUGAACCUUCUGACCAUCUUGAAGAAGAUGAAGCAGAAAGAGUGGGAGCUUCGAUUGCUCAUGCUCGGCCUGGACAACUCUGGCAAAACAACCAUCUUCAAGAAGUUCAGCGGGGAAGACAUCGACAACACCUCCCAGACACUGGGCUUCAGCAUCAAGACCCUGGAGCACCGGGGAUUCAAGAACAUCUGGGAUGUUGUGCAGGAGUCCCUGUGGUCCUACUGGCAGAAAGAGCUACUGAGAGCAGUAGUUCUUGUCUGGGUGGUGGGCAGCACCGACUGCCGGCGCAUAUAGAACUGCUAGCAGGAGCCCCUGGCUGGAGGCAUCCUCAUCUUGGCUAACAGGCAGGACCGGCCCGGAGCACUGUCUUCUAAUGCCACUCGUGAGGCCCUGGAGCUGGACUCUGUCUGCAGCCACUACUGGUGCAUCCAGGGCUGCAGCACUGGCACCAGGGAUAACCUGCUGCCCAGCAUCGACUGGCUCCUGGAUGACCUUUCCCGCCUCAUCUUCAUGGCUGACUGAGCCACGCCAGGUGCCCCUACCUUGCAGUCUGCUCCCCUACCCACCCACCCAGGCACUCACCAAGCACCACCCGUGGUGGGUGGGAAUCAGCCAGCCCAACGAACACUUCCUGUCUCCCUUUAUGACCUGCUGCUGACCACUGCUGCUCUAUGACCAGCCCCGCUCCCAUGGCAGGCGGGCUGCCACCCUGGCUGCUGACCCAGCCAGCCCACCUGCAGGGCUGGGGCUGGGCGGGGGCUGCCUCUGCUGCUAUCAGGGCUGGGCCUCACCCUUUGCUCGGCUGUGAGAAUAAACUGUUCCUUGUCCAGAAAAAAAAAAUGGAUACCAUUUCUAUUGGCUCAUGUUCAAGUUCCCACCAAACAUCCUGCCAUUGUAGAAACAACAUAGGUGCAGGAUGAUGAAUGGAGCUUGUAGAACCUGUGUGGUGCACUCAUGAUUCUUUCUGCCUUAGGAAUUUCCACUUCCUCUUUUAUCACCCAGGGACUGUUUUUCUGUCAUGGAAUUCCCCAUUCCUCUGCAGAUACACUCUUAUCCCAUCCUUUGAAACUGCAUUCAGGCUUCCAAGGAAAUGUUUCCCUGAUGACUUCAUGGCAUAAGAUGAAGACUUAAAAGUAUUUGACACCAAAUAAAGAAAUGCUGGGCUAUCUUGAUUCUAAUGUAGUAAAUUGGCCCCUGAUUUGCUGUGUAUCUUUGGGAGAAUCUCUGUCCUUGAAUAAAAUGAGUGUAAGAACAAUCAAUUGUGAGAACCAGUUACAGCAACCAGAUCCAUAGAUGCUUUUGUCUACCCCUUGUCAGUCACUCUCCCCAGUACAAGAGCAAAUAGAAAACGUACAUGGCUUGUUUUUUCGUUUUGUGUGUAGCAUCCAGUGUUGCAGCAUGCCUUCGCUGUGCACUGGUGCUCUUCUCCACGUGCAGGGGCUGAGACGGGGGUCUCAUCCUUGAAUUGGAGGAGACGCUUUUGCUGUUCCUGUCUUGUGAGUGCUCUUGUCAUAACUGCCCUAAACGCUGACUUGACUCUGCCCAUCCCACGUGACUCUUCACUCUCCACUGGGACCAUUAUGCUCCCACCAGAGCAUUAGAUCAUUCCCCCCCGCCCCCAUAUCAUAGCUAUUGAGAGCUUUCGAUGGAGAACCUGGUUUUGAGGAUGGGUGAGCUUUUUCUUUCUGAUUCAGCAGAAAAUUGUGUGGGAGGGUACAGAUUGGUGGCCAAAUAGGCAGGUUAAGAAAUCGUGGUUCUUUAGUGGUUUGUCAGCCCCUUGCGGAAGGAUAGCUUUUGGCCUCCUGUUCUGCUAUUGGUUAUGUUACUUACACUGAAUUUUAAACUUGGGAAGUUUAGUCAGAGUGAAUCUUAGCAUGUAUUCUGUAUGUCACUCUGGGGAGAUGCUGACAUGUGGUAGAUUUACAAAGGCCACACAUCCACUUGGCUCUUCCCACCCAGAGCUGGAGCUGUGCUUUCCUGCCCUUGGAGUCUGGGUAGGCCUUCUGACUUGCUUGGAGUGAUAGACGCAGCACAAGUGAGUGCCAGAGCCUUGACCCCAAGAGGUCUGUCAGCGUCUGCCUCGCCCUGUUGGAACUCCCCGAGGCUCUCAUCGGCAAGAGGAGGAGCGCUGUGGUGGCCCCUCGCCAGGCAGUGUCAAUCGCCAGGCAUGUGAAUGAAACCUUCGCCAGCUGACUAAAUUUUGAGGAGCUUCGUUACACAACAAUAGUUAACGGAUAUAGUAACUUAAGCAGUCGCACCCAACAAAAACUCUGAAAUAAGAAAAAAAAAAUGGAUGUUUAAUCAGAUACUUUCCAUGAGGCUCUUCUGGCUUACAACGAAAUUUCUGGACAGGAAUUUUCCAGAAACCUGAGGCAAGUGAACAGUUAACAAGAACAUAAUGUGUUUGGCACGUGAUGAACAGCAUCAGAAAAUGGCGCCUAAUUGCAGCCUGAGGGGUCGGGUGAGGGUCGUGCCAGUGCUGGCUCAGGAGCCGGUGGAGAAGCUGUCCCUCCCACCUGCGCUCAGCGACAUCGUGCUGAGGGCUGGCGACAGCUAUCUGAAGGUGACCAGUGUCACUGGGGCUUCAUUCUUUCUGCUUAAUGAUUAGAUUGAAGCAGACACAGCUUCAGGUGUGGCCCACCUGCUCCACUCGCCGGCCAGCUGUGGGAUGUGAGACUUGCCCGUGUUCCCAUCGUAGGGUAGCUUUAAUUAUUAUUGCUUCCUAAGAGCAAAUCUGAUGAGCAGAUGUUGAAAGGGACACGUUUUCAGCAGCCCCCUGGUGAGGGGCUUCGGGCCGUGCUCCUUGCUGAGCCCUGAUUGCUGAGUGCCUGGGCCUGGCAGCACCACGUCCAGGGACACUACACCCUCCAUCUUCUCAACACCCCAAGUCCAGGUGGGGCUGUUCACAUGCUGGGACUUCGGGCUCCUCUGCCGCAGCUGGGAGGCCUCAGAGCCAUGUCCAUAGCUACACCCAGGCCUUAAAAUGCUCAGACCGGAAGAUCCUCACGGUCAUGCUUCGGCCGGACUGGCCACUGUGAUCUGGGAAGAAGCAGAAGGCUCCAGAAAUCAUGGGAGUUGGAGCUGGACAAGACCCACUUGGUCGUGAAGC